UUUUGGUCAGGAGAGUGGCUGCUGAUGGGCUCACUGUGAGGUGAUCUAUAGGGUAAAGUGAUCAUUGCUUGUGUAUAUGGAUUAUCGAUAAGUGCAUGCAAAAAAAGGAGCUUGUUCUUUUGCCAUUAGUUAUUUAUAUAUAUAUAUAUAUGAAGGAGGAUGCGAGAGAGACGCUGCCACAGUUAGUGUCGCCUCAGAGGAUCUCCAGCUCUGAACCCUGGAGGAGAGGAGAGUCACCGGCAGAUGAUCAGAUGAUGUCCCGAUGUGAGAGCGCUACUUCCAGAGGAGACGCAGGAGGAUGAAGACGGCUGGAGGAGAAGAGGGAUCGAGAGCGGUAGCAGAGGCAGAGGUGGAAUAUAAUGAAGUUGAGUGGAAAAGGACUGUGCACCGUCUUCUCCAGCACCCUCCUCUUCGUGUGCGCCCUCAGCGAAGUUGUGGUUGGAUUACGAUGCGUCUCGUUGGGAUCUACGGUGAGAGCUCACUUCCACCUCGGCGCCGCGGCCGGAGCUUUCUACUCGGGGCUACUUGUUGGAGUCGGUCAGGUGCUGCUGGGCACCGCGCUGCUGUGCUGUAUGGACAAACCCGGCUGCAGGAACCUCUUCCUCCUCGGUGUUGUUGUCUUCUUGUUGGGAGUCCUCACCGCCUUCUCCGGCGCCGUGGUGGACGGAGACACGGCGUCUCUGGUGGAGAGGAAAUACAUCCACUACUGCUUGUCCAUUACUGUGAACCCUGCUGCCUGCGAGCAGCUGCGGGACUACCAGCGGAGUCUGGUGGUCUCCACUGUGCUCAGCACCUUGGAGUGCCUGCUGGGGCUCAUCAACCUGCUGGUCAUCAAGGGGUACAAAGCGGCGCGGUACUCCGGUUCCUCCAGGAGCCGCAGGUCUCAGAGGGACCGAGACGGAGCGAUCAUCUUCGGCGAGGAGGAGCGAGACUGCUCGGCACAGGAUUUACAGCCGGUGUCUUACAUCAAUCUGGGUGUUUUUAAUGUUUUUGACGAGACAGGUGCAGAAGUGCAGUGCGGAGGACACCCGUCCAUCGAGCUGCCCGGAUACUCGCCCACGGACCCGGAGCUCAACCUCUGCUUCCCGUUCUCUUACCCGCUGCCCAGCGAGCUGCCGCCCGCGUACGAGGACAUAUUCCCGGCUGAGGCAUGCAACACAUAGCCGCCGCCGCUCUGGAGCUGCGCUUCUCCUCUCUGCUGUGACAAUCAAUGACUUUGUGCUUAAACAACACUCACCCUUCAGCUUCCAACACCCAACAACAAAAAGCAGUAAGUUACACAGACAGGAGGACAGCAGCAGAGGGUUUUAAUUCAUUCUCAUUCUGGUAUUUUCUUAUACAUCUGCCUGGUUUAUUGUGCCCAACAUCACCAGUCAGACUAUAGAGAUGAACAGAUGAUCAAAGUGAUGAUUCAGGCCCCAGACAGCGCAGGCAAAAUCAAAUCAAGGCCCAUAAAACGCAACAGCUUGCUAUAGUAUAACAAAAAGCAGAGUUUUUGUGUUUUGAAUGUUUGCUGUUAAACAUUUCUACUUGUGAAUAAAUAAAAAGUGUAUUUAACCUCA